AUUCAUAGAUACUUCUUCUCGUGUAGUCGGCCAAAAGUUUCAACUGAUGCUGCCUGAGCUGGAUGACUUCCCGGAUUUUAUUGUUGAAAGAACACGGUACGAAGCAGCUAUGGAGAGAAGCUGGACAAGUAGGGAUAAAUGCCUGGUGUGGUGGAGAGAUGAGAGUGAUCAAGGUGGUGCUUGGUGGGAGGGCCGCAUUACUGCCAUCAAAGACAAAUCUAGUGGUUUCCCCGGAAGUCCAUGGGAAAGAUAUCUUGUCAAAUACAAGAAUGACAAUACUGAUUUCCGUCGUCACUCUCCUUGGGAACUGCAUGAUCCGGACAUGUCAUGGGAGCAACCCAACAUUGAUGAUGAAAGGAAAGAGGAGAUCCUAAGUUCUUUAACUGAAUUGAUGCAGAAAGCCAGUAAAGAUAAGGAUAGGCACGGUAUCAUAAAACUGAAUGAAGUCGCACAGAAACUGGAUUUCAUGAACAGGUUUCCUGUUCCAUUAUCUCCGGACAUAAUCAAGUCAAGGGUAGAAAACAAUUAUUAUAGAAGCCUGAAGGCUAUGAACCAUGACAUUGAGGUAAUGCUAUCAAAUGCCGAAUCUUACUUUCAGAAAAAUACAGAGCUUUUGCGAAAGAUGAAGCGCCUGUCAAGCUGGUUCACUCAGAACAUUUUAGACUUGUAGUGGUCUGCAUGCCUUCUUCUUAGCUUUUCUUCUUGGGAGCCCACAGAUCCAGUUU